CAGAGACCGGCUCGCUCAGACCAGCUGUGUUCCACUAGAGAACCUUCACUGAGGUGCACAACACAUUCAGAAGAAUUCAUCACUCAGCGCUGGACUCAGGAGGCCGUGUGUCCUUCAGACGAGAACUUUAAUUCACUGUGGAAACCAGCAAACAGGACCUCACCCUGCCGUCACACCACGCUACACACCUGAGCUUCUCUUCAAGCUUCAGUUUCUUCAGGAUGGUUUGAUGAUUUAAGGUCCAUGUUCAGUGAACCUCAGAAGCGCUUCAUUUCCUCUCCAGAGUGAGUUCACUGUCCUCACAAAUGGAAAAAUGCAAAGAAACAGGCGUUAAACUUAAACGUUAAUUCCUGGUCAGGAUCAUUAGCUGAUGUCACGAAAACAUGGCAGCUAGCGUAAUUCCUUUCACGUCAUUGUCUACUCGCUAGCUUCAGUGUUGUGGAAACGUGUUUUAUAAACAAUUUUCUGUCGUUUUAAUCAAAGUUGAAGAUGAAAUUCUCUCAUUGCCGGAGCACCAGACGGGGUUUGUAUCAGAACUCGGCUCUCCGAGUCGAUCGUACAGAGGGAUGCGGAAUCUCGUCACAUCGUGAGCCAUAACCAGGAGGACAAGCGCGUGAGCUUAUCGUGAGAUUUCACACACAACAGCUAAACUCAUCCUCAGACGCAGAACUGAAACUAGACGGGUUCCAGGAGGAAGUGUCUCCAUCACGUCAGCAGGUCUGGGAGAGAGUAAUUAAAGGAGCAGUAAAGAAACGUCUGCACUAAUUAACCAGAAAGUAAGGAAAGGUUGAAGAGUGAAGUGAUGCUCGGCUGUUAGCAUCGAAACCCUCGACACAUGAGGCGGGAGAAACACUCAUUAAAUUUUCAUCUGCAGGAUUAAAGCUCACGCUGUUUACGCUCCAGCUCUCAGACGCGUUAAUAAUUCAGUCUUCAUUGUAAGAAAGAGUGUUUUUGUAUUUAAUCAUUUAAUAAAGGUAUCAUCAGCACACACCGCACGCAGAAACACGGCCGCUGAGCGGCGUCCAGGACACGCCUUCACCCGCAGAGCCACACAGAGUCUGGAGGAUUCACUCAGGGGUGCCAAUACUUCUGGAGCUAGUCCUGCGUACUGCAUGUGAAAUACGUGAAGUGAAAGUGUGUGUGUGUUUAGAACACAGCCAUCAUGCUCUCUACACCUUAAAUAAGUACACAGGGGGCAGGAUUACAGAUUCUGUUCCCGACACCCUACUAAGUGCACUACAUAGAGCAUAAGAUUAGCUACACCCUACUAAGUGCACUACAUUAGGGAUAAGAUGAGCUACACCCUACUAAGUGUAUAGGGGUUAAGGUUGUAUCUUUUGCGCCCUACACCCUAUAAAGUGCACUACAUAGGGAAGUCAAGUCAAGAAGCUUUUCUUUUCUUAUAUUAUUUUAUUUAAAGUGCACUACAUAGAGGAUUAAAUUAGCUACACCCUACAAAGUGUAUAGGGGAUAAGAUUAUAGCUUCUGUGCCCCACACCCUACAAAGUGCACUAUAUAAGGAAUAAGCUUAGCUACACCCUAUAAAGUGCACUACAUAGGGGAUGAAAUAAUAAAGACAGAAUUUUCACUUUCUAGCUGAAUGACUAAAUCAAAACACCGCAUGUAGUGCACUAUAUGUUCAUUUGGGAUGAAGCCAGUCCCUCCUUCAGAGGGGCGCACACACACACACGCACGCACUCGCACACACACACACACACACACCCCAGCCCUCCAUCCUGCGCGCGCGCGCCUCUGGAGCAGAGUUGCAGGCGCGGUGGUGAGAGUGAGACGCUGCUCCGCUCCUCGCGCUUUGUUUAGAAUAAUAAUAACCUUCAUCUCUGUUCUUCUUAAAUCUUUAUUAUUUUCAUGAAUUUGUUAGUUUCUGAUUCAGACAUCUUUCGUGUGAAGGUGUUUGGAGCGCGCGCGCGCGCGGGUCAUGUCCUGUCCUCUGAUACGGAUCGCGUUCUUCAUCAUCGGCAUGUUGGGAAUCAUGUGCAGCGGAUCCCGGGAUUCUCUUCUUCUUCCUCCUCCUCUUCAUCUUCCUCUUAAUCAGGAAUAAAUAUUCAAUAAAUAUUUUUUUUUUAAAGAGAAAACUUUACAUCAGUACGGAUUUAUUACACUGGAUCCGGAUUCCGCGGUGAUGAAGAAGAUGAUGAUGAAGAUGAAGGGUCCGCGCGCGCUGGAUGCUGUUCGGGAUUUCUAACAUUUUAGAGCGAUUUCCGGGUUUGGGAAUUUAAAAACAAUUAGUAAACAUAAAAACAUUACAGCUGAGUGUGUGAGAUUUGGCUCGCGCUUCCAUCAUGCGUCUGUAUCUGUGCGGCUUCCUGCUGCUGCUGCUGGACGAUCUGUCUGUCUGCGUGUCCUCCUCCUCCUCCUCCUCCUCCUCCUCGUCCUCAUCCCCCUCUCCGGACUUUGUGGACUGUAUAAGGGCGAGUGAGGAGUGUAACCUGAGUCCUCAGUGCAGCUCUCGUUAUCGCAUCAUGAGGCAGUGCCUUGUGGGUAAAGACUGGAACUCCAUGUUGGCCAAUAAGGAGUGCCAGGCAGCGCUGGAGGUCCUGCAGGAGACGGCGCUGGUGGAGUGUCGCUGUAAGCGAGGGAUGAAGAAGGAGUUACAGUGCCUGCAGAACUACUGGAGCAUCCACAUGGGCCUGAGUGAAGGAGAAGAUUUCUACGAAGCAUCUCCAUAUGAGCCUCUGCCUCCUGUCCGUCUCACCGAUGCCGUCCGCCUGGCCUCCAUCAUCUCCAGUAUGAACACCGGUUCAGGUAAAGCUCAGUCUCACUGCUCUGACCCCAGUGGUACGUGCAAUCAGUGUCUGGACGCCACUAAAGCAUGCAACCUGAACGAUAACUGCAAGCGCCAGCGCUCCAACUACAUCAGCACCUGCACACGCAGCGAAUGCAACAGGAAGCGCUGUCACAAGGCGUUACGUCAGUUCCUGGAGCGCGUGCAGUCGCAGUAUAGCUUCGGCCUGCUCUUCUGCUCCUGCCAAGACCAAGGCUGCGCUGAGAGGAGACGCCAGACAAUCGUCCCCACCUGCGCAUACGAGGACAAGCAGAAACCAAACUGCCUGCAGCUGCGCAAGACCUGCCGCCUUGACCCCUUCUGCAGGUCCAGAUUGGCGGAUUUCCACACACACUGUCAGAUGAGCGACGACUCCAUCAGCACCUGUCCAAACGACGACUACCAGGCCUGUCUCACUGCCUACACCGGCCUCAUUGGCACAGACAUGACUCCUAACUACGAGGACGCUAAUCACACAGACUUCUCCAUCUCGCCAUGGUGCAGCUGCAGGAACAGCGGAAACCAAGAGGAAGAGUGUGAGAAGUUCCUGCGGGACUUUAGAGAGAACACCUGCCUGCGUAACGCCAUUCAGGCAUUUGGGACGGACAUCACAAAGACAACGGCAUCAACAAACCCUGAAGCGGCUCGCUCCAACCCGACUGCAAACCCCAACAUCACCAAGCUCGAAUAUGACGAAAAUGGCUUGAAGUGCAGCCCCGUAAAAGGAUUCAUCUGUGCAGAAGAGGAGGACAGCAUAGGAACCGAGGAGAAGCCUGAGUGGAGUCCCUCUAACUGGAGCAUUGGGCUGAAGCUGCGCACAGAGGCAUGGAUGCUCUCACUGCUCUUCGCUGUGGGAAACGCUGCCCUCUGAACUUCAGCUCAGCCUGAGUUCUCAACCCUGAGGGACUUCACUGGACCCUCCACCAAACUCCAGAAUCACUUCGCCUGUCUGUCUGUCCUCUCUAUACUGCAACGUUAUUUCUUCUCCAAAAAAGAUAAACAAAAGAAAAAGAAAGCGUGAGAGAAUCCUAGAGCGCAUGUCGUUCUGAGACGAGUGCAGAUCAGAACCAUGUGAGAAAAGCCACCGAUAGAUGAUGAGCAAGUUAAUGAUGAUGAUGAUGACUUCUUCACGAUUGUAGGUGGGAUGAACUGAUGAAAAAGUCUCCCUCACUUUUAUUUUUGUUAAAUCUGUACAGUGUCCUGUCUGGACUUUACCAUUUGACCAAAUUGGGGAACCAUUAACCUGUGACUCCGUGGAGAAAAAUGGACUCCUAAUGUUCUGGAAACCACCAUGAGGACAAGGAAACCCCCAUCAUGGCCUUCUACUCAUCUCCAACCUUGGAUUAAGUUUGAGAAACGUGUCUCUGCCAUACCGUUCUACAAGAACUCCAGCCUCCUGAGAAGAACAGGUGUCUGUCAGGACUUUGAGGAAUACAGGGUGCUGCCCUGGACUGAGACACAACCAUUUUUGAGGAACAUCACUAUCUUCAUCACUGACUUCCAGCCUGAAUCACACCAUCGGGAAAAAAAACUGGGGAUUACAAAUGCCCUUAAGCCCUUCUUCCUCCCUGGACCCCAAAAUAGGGUGAAGUCUCUGUUCUGACCCUGAAGACCUUUAUCGGUAAGAAAACCAGGGUUAAAUCAAGGCCUUGCAAACUUCUCCAGUCAUUCUGAACCUACUGUCUUUGAGAUAGAUUGUGUACACUUCACACUUUUACCCCAGAUUCCACCAUUCUGACGAAAAUAGGGUUCCGUCUUGACCUCCAUCUUUGACCAACAUGUCCCCAUCGUCAUUUUCCAGUCUACCUCAACCCUGGAUCACACCUACUUCAUAAAACCUGCAGCCUCAUCAUGCAUGGACACAACCAUCCAAGGCAGGGUUCCAUCCUGGACAUCACCACAUUCUGUGGAACUCAUGGGACUGUCCUGACCUUUGACCCUGAAAGCCACCAUCUUUGAGGAAGACAUCUUUGUUUUUGACCCAACAUCCAACAUCCCUGGCCUGCACCAACAUUUUUUCCAUCCUGGACACCACUGUUUUUAGAGAAACCUGGGGAACCUUCUUCAGCUGGGGGACAUGGAGUCAAUCUCAUGAUUAAUUUUUGAGAAACACUGGGUAUCAUCUGGAUGUGGGAGAAACCGGGGCAGAUAUUGGACUGUACCAUCUGGUGCAUACUCACCCCCUGGAUUCUUCAGCUCCUGACACGUUCCUCCCACCUCGGACUCCACCAUCUCUGAGCUUCAUCCCGCCAUAAAACCCUGAACUUUUGGAAUAUUCUCUCCGUGUUCUUGAUGUUCAGUCCUUCUUAGCGUAUUUGCUGUUCCCUUUUCUUAGAGGUGCUUUCGGAAUUUGCUAUGAUUAUUCCUCUUUUGUCACUCACUUUUUGUCAGUCAGGAGUAAUUACCUUCCUCGUGACGCCUUUUCUUCCCAUGUGAAGUGUUUGAAGUAUAAAUCCGCACGGCGUCGCAGCAACGUGAGAGCACGUUAUCGCUGACAGCUCUCUCAGUCCCGGUUUGCGCUUUCCUGACAGAAUUGACUCAAGUAAAGAAAAGAAAGACGAAAAAGUACUAACUAAUCGAGAGGAGUGACCACUCAGAGAGAAUUUGAAGUGGCCUUGUGAUGCUAAUGGGCCGCCCACGUGUGUAAUUUUAUCCUUUGAAAUAUGAUUUUCUUCUUUUAAAUUGUACAUAAUUAUAACGUGAAAGUCUUCAAGUCAAGAAGGAUGAUUGCGGUGAACAUUGUUAUUAUUAUAAUUCUUAUCCCGAGGUGAUUGAAGGAAACAGAGAGGAGCGUGUAAGAGAAUUGAACACUGCAUGUUUGAACUGGAUUGAUCUGGAUUUCCUGAAAAAAAAAACCCCACACAAACACACACAGGAAGAGGCAGUAACCUGGACACAAUUCCAUAAGUUUGGUCUGAAUGAUCUCACACACCUGCGCCAAAAAAGGCGGUGAAGCCCGAGGCCGUGUCCAGCGACAGACUUUUGCCUGCUGAUAAAAUUUGGGGAUGUUGUCGUCAGUUGAUAUCGUUUCAUAUAUCGUGGAACGCUAACAUAAUGGUGAAAUUCCAAACGCGCGAGUUUACGGACUCCUUUCAAACUGCUUUCAUGUCACGUCAUAUAACAUUUCUACUCUAGGAGAAAUAAUCUUCUUGUGUUUAUCCAGUUCUGUGCAAUCUAUUACGUGGCCUUAUUUUUUUCCUCAUAGUUCACGUGGGAAGAAACUCGCUCCAGAGAAAAGCAAAGGACGCUGGGUAAAGAGACGGAACACACGCAGAUCCGUAACGAAGGGAAAAGAAGCAAUUAACGUUUAUGUAAAUAUUCAUAUUAAUGCAGAACGAUUUACCAAAAGGCUUCAUCUCGAUGUCUCCAGCAUCUCUAUGUGUUUAAUCGAUGUACGCUAACGCUCCAUUCCACAGCUCUGGUGAUGUCGCAGGAAAGUCCCGACGUUUUCCGUUGCCACGGUAACGGAGCAGGAUAAACAGCUUACUUUGCAGAACUUGAAAGGAACUUGAAAAGGAAAAAAAAAUUGUCCCUUUUUUCAUAAUAUUAAAGUGAAAUAAUUCAUUUAUAACUCAUUUGUAAUUUCAUGCAUUAUUUCUCCAUGAUUGAAAGUUGUGUGAGAAAGUCUUUUUUUUGUUUGUUUGUUUGACAUUCGAUUAAAAUGAUGAAAAGCAGAAGUGUGAGUAAAGGUCA